AAAUAGCUUUACUCACCUACUGACGCAAAUCCUCUUUUUUCUCUCUUUAUCUUCUUCCUCCAACUCUGUAAACCCUAAUUCUUUCCCCUCCAUAAAAAUCAACCUCCAUUCUUUCUUCAAGAUCCGUUAAUGGCGGAAGAAGAGGUUGUUACCGUUACUCCUCAAGCUCCUAUUGAUCACAAUCAUAAACGAAAGCUUGAAGAUAUGGUUGAACCUGACGCACCGGCACCUGAUUCUACUGUCGAACUUGACGGCGAAAUCAAGGAGAAGGAUGAGACUGAAAAUGGAGAUGAAGAUUUUGUUAAACGACCUCGUUUAGAUGAACAACUUGAUUCUUUAGCAAGUGAGAAUGGGCAUAAGCCCGAGGAGGAUAACGGGAUUGCUGCGGUGAAUGCCGAAACUGAGGCAGCUGCUGAGAGUACUGAAACAGCUGUUGAGAGUACUGAAGCAGCUGUUGGUGAUCAGGCAGGCGGUGAGGAGGGAACGAAAGAGGUGAUUCCUGAAGAGGUGAAUGGAGUUCAACCUGUCUCCGAGGGUGAGAAGACGGUUGAUGCUCACGAAGAUAAUUCCGAAGGGAAGGAUGUUGACAUACCUUCUUCGGAGGCUGUUCCGGUGGAAAGUGCAGAAAAGAUGGCCACUGAAGGGGCAGAACAAGGUGAUGUUGCUUCUGAGCAACAUGAUUCUGAUUCUGGCACUAAGAGGAAAAUUGAAAUUCCCAAUAAUAAGGUUGGAGUUCUUAUAGGCAAAUCAGGAGAUACGAUAAAGUAUUUGCAGCUGAAUUCCGGGGCUAAAAUUCAAAUCACAAGAGAUGCCGAUGCUGAUCCACGAUCUGCAACUAGGCCAGUUGAACUUGUGGGGCCAAUUGAAUGUUUAAACAAGGCUGAAAGACUGAUAAAGGAUGUUAUAGCAGAGGCUGAUGCAGGAGGUUCACCUUCCCUUGUGGCUAGGGGUUUUACUGCUGCAAUUACCUCUGGAUCUAUGGAGAUUGAGAUACCUGUUCCUGGUGACAAAGUUGGUUUAAUAAUAGGCAGGGGAGGUGAGACGAUUAGGAAUUUGCAGACAAGAUCUGGUGCGCGUAUCCAGUUGAUACCACAAAAUGUUCCUGGGGAGCAACAAUCGAAAGAGAAGAAAGUGAAAGUGACUGGUGACAAGAAACAGGUGGAAGUGGCCAGGGAACUAAUAAAGGAGGUUAUGAAUCAGAUGCCUGGAAGACCAUCACAAUUAUCUAGCAGUAGCUACAGCCAGCAGAAUUACCGUCCUCGUGUUCCUGGCGGUGUGCCUCAGUGGGGUACUCGUGGUCCUCAUCCUGCUCAGACAGUGCCAUAUGAUUAUCAUCAGCGAGGGCCUUACCCUUCUCAAAAUCAGCAAUACCCACCUCAGUCUUAUGGUAACUAUCCUCCGCAGGGUCCCUCAAGAAGCGGCUUUGGUUCUUGGGAGCACAGACCGCCAGCUCAGGGGCCAUCAUCUCAUAGCGGUGGAUAUGAUUAUUAUGGACAAGGAGGCGGCCAUGUAGCAAAUGCUCCAGUAUCCACCCCACACUCUACACACAUGCCAGGUCAUCAUUCAUCUGGCCCAUCCAUGGCACCUCCCCCUCAUUCUCAGGCAAAUUACAAUUACACCCAGCCUCGAGGUGCAGAUUAUGCUCACCCUACUCCUUACUCCCAAACUGCACCACCUGCUCAAAGUUAUGGUCACGGAUAUGGGGAGCCAAAAUAUGAUACACAGGCUCCAAUGCAGCAACAGCCUUAUGCUGGACAAGGCUAUGCACCACAACAAGGCUAUCCACCCCAACAGCAGCAAUACAACAGGCCACCAUCCUAUGGCAUGCCAUCACAGGCUGCCCCUCAAGGUUAUGCCCCUCCAGCAGCAAGUCAGCCUGCUGCAGAUACAUCUUAUCAAGCUCCUGUUUCUGCAGCUCAGCCUUAUGGUCAAAACAUGUCUCAGCAACAGCAAUAUUCACAAGCUUCGUAUGGUACUGCACCCGUGACAAAUGAUGGCUAUGCUCAGCCUCAACCUGCUGCAGCGAGUUACCCCCAGCAGGCAGGCCAGCCUAUUUCUGCAUACGGGCAGCAGGCUGCUGGUUAUGUGCAAACUGCUGGAUCAACCACUGGCUAUGGUCAAUACCCAACAACAGCACAACCGGGCUAUACUGAUCCAUCUGCUGCUGCUACCAAUGCUGCUGCAUAUUACCAGGGCCAAGUAGAUCCGUCAGCUUAUGCUGCAGCAGCCGGACAACAAGCUUACAGUGCUGCACCUGCUGUGGCACAACAAGGCUAUGUUCAGGCAGCUCCAACACAGGCUGGUUAUGAUCAGGCGGCUGUUGCUGCUCAAUCUGGUGGAUAUGCUGGUGUUCCUGCUGGUGCACCUGUUGCAUAUGGAAAAACGGUGUCACCCCAGCCUCAGCCUGGCUAUCAACAAUAUGAUGCAUCUCAGCAGGUGUACACUGCACCUCGAUAACUUGUUAGAAAGUUAAUGAUGCUGAUCCAGGUGUUCGAAAGCAUUUGGUGAUCCUAGUCUGUUGUAGUUUGCUGUUAUUGAGGACUAGUAAAAUUAUUUAGUAGUUUUUUUUGUUAUCUGAGGUACUGGCGAUUUUGUCUUCCUUCAUUAGUUAGGUAUUACCUUAUCAUGUUUGAACCUGAAACCCAUUCGACAGAAUCAUAUUCACAUCUAUGUAUCAGAAUUUUCAUUUUCUUUGCC